CGACGCCCAACUCAACACCUGCAUAUUAAAUCCAUCUGGUUCUCGAAGAACACGACCACCCUUUAUACGAAAAACGUAUUCCUCGGGUUUACAAAGUCCCGAAGCCACCAUGUCCACCCCAGACUCAUCGAAGCCCAAGCCCCAUCGGGUCCUCGCUUGCGUUCUCUGUCAACAGCGCAAAGUGAAAUGCGACCGCACGUUUCCCUGCUCAAACUGCGUCAAACAUGGCGCUCAGUGCGUUCCAGCUACUCAACCUCGUCAACGAAGGCGACGAUUUCCUGAGCGCGAGCUGUUGGAUAGGCUGAGGAGGUAUGAGGCGUUGAUGAAGCAGAAUAAUGUCAAGUUUGAUCCGCUUCAUGAAGAUAAUGGAACGGAGAAGAGUUCGCCGAAUGAUUAUAACUCUGACAGGGAUCAGGUUGAUGAGGAGGGUUCGCAGGUCAGAGCUGAGGGUGUUGCUGAGGUCAAAAAUAUCUGGCAUGCAAUGCGACAAGGGUAUCGAGAUCCUAACGACAGCUUCUUCGAAACAGCCUUCAGCAACGCCCAAGACCAAUCCUUCAACAACGAUGAACACAUGCUUUUCGGCUCUCGCCAAACAGCUGUUGAGCUCUACACCUUGCACCCAGAACCCGCUCAACUCUUCAGACUCUGGCAGGUAUAUCUCGACAACGUCAACCCGCUCCUAAAAGUCACGCAUACACCUACCCUGCAAGGUCGCAUUGUCGAAGCUGCGUCGAAUCUCAAAGAAGUCCCUUCGACUCUUGAGGCUCUAAUGUUUGGUAUCUACUGCAUGGCUACACUGAGUCUUACUGCUGAGGAGUGUGAGACCAUGUUCAAACAGCCCAAGGAAGAGCUCUCGACGAGGUUCCAGUUUGGAUGUCAACAGGCUUUGCUGAACAGCAACUUCCUCCGUACUGGUAGUCGAGACUGUCUCACUGCAUUGUUCCUCUAUCUUGUGUCUGUCCGCUCAGCCAGCCACCCAAAGUCCAUCUCAUCCAUGCUCGCCGUCGCAAUGCGCAUCGCUCAGCGAAUGGGUCUCCAAAGCGAAUACAUCAACGUCAGAAGCAGUGUUCUCGAAGCAGAAAUGCGCCGAAGACUCUGGUGGUCCCUGGUCCUCUUCGACUCCCGAGUUAGCGCCUUGGGAGAUCAUAAACCGACGAGUCUAACCCCAGGUUGGGAUUGCGCGUUGCCCAUGAAUGUCAGCGAUUCUGAACUUCGGGAGGAAACUAAAAAUGCACCAAAAGUCCAAGAACAAGCUACCGAGGCUAUAUUUGCUAUUGUCAGGAGCGAACUUGGGGAGUAUAUACGGAAUAGUCCCUUUUAUAUCGCGUUUACGAAUCCGUUGAUGAAGCCGUUGGCGAAGAAGCUCCCGGAAGGUGGAGAUGUUGCUUUGGAGAGAGUGAUAGAGGAAAAGUAUCUCAAGUUCUGUGAUGCUGAUAACCGUCUUCACUACAUGACCCUUUGGACGGCAAGGGGUAGUAUCGCAACAUGCCGCUUGAUGAACGACUUCCUAGUCUAUCUCGAAUCUUCAGGUACGUACAACCAAGCAAACCACGAAGCGGCAGUCUCCUACGCCAUUGAUUGGCUAGAAUGCGAUGCGAAGCUCUCAAGUUCACCCCUCACAAAAGGUUUCCGAUGGUUCCUUCAACUGUAUUUCCCGUUUCCUGCAUACAUACGAAUUAUUCAGCACUUGAAGACCCAGCCCUUCAGCAGCAUUGCGGAGAGGGGAUGGAAAGUUAUGAAGGAUAAUUAUGAAGCUCGGUGUGAGGGAGCAGAUGUCGACAGAUGGCAUCCCAUCUUCAAGCCAUUUGCAAACAUUGUUCUGUACGCUUGGGAUACGGUCAAGAAGGCACAUGAACAAGCGGAAAGGGAGAUAGAGACGCCAGAGUUGGUGGACUUUAUCAACAAAAAGACCGCGGAUAUGUCCCUGGAUGGAAAUGAGUCAACCGGCUCGCAAACUCAGGGUAAUACUGGGAUGGAAAUGGACGGUGUUCAGCUUCAGAUGCCGUUUGGUUUUGGUGACCCGGGCAUGUUCUUCAACAUGGGUGGACAGCCUGGCUUUGAUCCUGUUACUUCGGCACCGUAUAUGGCGGGUAGUGCGCCGUUGACUGUGAAUAUGAACCAGCUUAACUGGAAUUCGAUGAACUGGGGAAUGGCAGGGAUGGGUGAAAAUAGAAAUUGGUAAA